UGCAAUGCCUUUGAUCUGGAGACACUUGUCUUAUAUCCUUCACCAGCAGAGUCCUGCCCACGGAGCUUGGACUGUGCCCUGCAGCGGAGGGAGUUCUGUCCGCCCGGCGCUCACUCCUGUGGCCCCUGCCUCCCGCAGUUUCUGGAAGAUGACCAAGGGAGAUGUGUCCAGAGGAAGCGCGUACCUAGUGGGAGGACUUCUAUUCCCAGCUUAGAGGAAGAAAUUGACUUCUUAGCUGAUGUGCUGUCCCGGCAAGAUGCCACUUACCAGCAUCUGCAACAGGAUGCAACGCCAGCCCCUGCAAGGAAGCUGCCUGAGGCCAAUGUGCUCAGAGGGGAGCCCUUGCAGAAGGACGCAACAGGCCGCAAGGCAACAACAUCUCAUCCCACUGCUUCCACCAAGCCAGUACAGAGCGCUCCAGUUGAGGCAUCACCUGUCCCUUCCAGUGACAUCCUGAUACUUGGGAUGAUAGUGGCAUGCACAGUAGCUGGGAUAUCUGCUUUAAUCGUGGCUGCCAUCUGUUGGUGCAGGCUGCAGAAAGAGGUCAGACUAGCUCAGAAAACAGACUACUCGGCUCAGAAGCUAUCUGCCCCCCUGCCAUAUGACAAGAUCUCGCCAGGGGAUAAGAAGCUGGCUCAGAGUGCCCAGAUGUAUCACUACCAACACCAAAAACAGCAGAUGCUCUCCAUGGAAAAACAUAAAGAAGAACCCAAGCUUCCAGACUCUGCAUCAUCUGACGAAGAGAAUGAGGAUGGAGAUUUCACUGUAUACGAGUGCCCAGGGCUGGCUCCGACCGGAGAGAUGGAGGUGAAGAACCCCCUGUUUGACGACUCUUCCUUACACCCUCCGAAUACCAAGCUACAUCAGUAACUUCUCCCUUCUGAGCUCGCUACGGACUUGUAUGCACAAUGCCAAAAACCAGCCUGGGCAGAACUCCAGAAACUCCCCUCCUCCUGGGGGGCUCUACAGAUGAGGCCACCACUGCUGCUCCCACCAGGGGACAAAUUCCCAGGAUCCACUGCCGGGCUGUUAGAUGUCCACCGAAUAAACACCUGCUCACGGCUUGGGGGAGUCA